CGCUUGCAUUCAUACGGUUAACUUCUUAUCUCACACACCAUCAGCAAGGGUGCAUUAAGGUGGAGCGAUAUUUUUGCUUUUGUUUUUUCUUGAACUGGUCCGGUUUCAGGCUCCAUUCUCGUUCCCUACCAACAUGCCCAAAAACGGGCACAACUGAAAAUGCUUGGAUUAUGAACAAUUGUUGGACGGGAGAGCAAAAUAUGAUUUCAAGGCAGUUUGUUCAAAUUUCUUCAAACCCUCUUAAGAUUUCUUAAAUGAUGUCAAAUUCCCCGCCCCAGUAUAUUGAGCACCCUCUUAUGUCAAAUUCCCCCUCCCGGCUAUAGGCACAAGAAAGAGUCGAAUGCCUGGGAGUAUGCCAAUCGGUUGAAGUUGAUGUAUCCGACUGUUUUAAGCUGAUGGUUGAUCAUACAUCGCGGGUAGUCUUUUCUUUAGUCCGGUAUAUAAGCUGAUAAGAUAGACUACGAUUAGUCCGUCUUUUGCUUAGUCCGUCGCCAAGUGUGCGACGCGAAAGAAAACCGUGAAAAAAAAAAAUGGCCGCGCGAAAGAAGCGCGCUCACCAUCAGGAUUUCGUGCGACCUUUAUUUCCUCGUGGUUCAUUUACGGUCACGCUUGAAGGACCAAUUAAAAGCGGAAAACGGACGACUCGUAGUCUAGGAAAAAGACAUCUUAGUGUAUGUGCUUUUCAGCCUGUUCAUCGACCUUCUUUCCACUCGCCGCUUUUCGUACUACCGCUCCCCAGCUUGAAAGAAAAGAACAUUUUUACAGUUCACUCGCCGUAAAGAAAUUAAAAGACUGCUAACAAUCUAUCUUAUGCAAUUUUCAGUUUCAAGGAAUUGAACCUCCUUGCUUUUCACCUCAAAUGCCUCGUACUCACGUCUAGAAUUCCCCCUCCUCUAUCUCCCGGCUCUAUCUCCCUUCCCCUCUUCAUCCUUCUCUUCAUCCCUCCUUUCUUCGGCCAUUUUCACCUCCGUCCUAGUUUAUUUUUGAUGUAUGCAACAGUCUUUACUCUUUUAACAUGAAUGGCAGAAAUAAAACAACUCUGAACUAACAGAGACAGCUGAAGAUCUAGCCGAGGACCCUGGGAACGAAGUUCACUUCCUUCGAAGGAAGAGCCUGCAAUAAUAUCUCCUUGGUCAGCAGUUACCACUUACACCUCAAAGAAAGAAAGAAGAAAGGAAGAAGAAAGCGUAAAUUUCACGUGUUGGACUUUUUGCCUUGGAGAAGUUUUACUGUUUCAUUCGUUUACCAUAAGAUAAACCUCGAUCUCUCAGUAAUCUUAAGAGGUUUAUGAAUGCCGCUUUAUCGGUAAAGGGCGCAAAAUUAUUUCUAAACCUCCACUGACAAGUCACUGUAGACACGUGUCACCGAGUUGUACUAAUACUAGCUUUUCACAAUCUUCAACCGGCAAUAUGACCAGUUUGUGGAUGGGAGAUCUCGACACUUACAUGGAUGAAGCAUUCAUCACCAGUGCUUUCGCAGCGAUGGGAGAGGCAGUUUCGUCGGUGAAGAUGAUCAAGAACAGGGCCACAGGGACUCCAGCUGGGUACUGUUUUGUUGACUUUGGUGACUAUGCAGGAUCACAGAAAGUCAUGGCUAAAUUAAAUGGAUUGCCAAUUCCUGGAAGCAAUCCUAUAAAACGAUUCAAGUUGAAUUGGGCUACUUAUGGCAAGGACUCAUUUUCCCAGGGACCAGAGUAUUCAAUAUUUGUUGGUGACUUGUCUCCUGAUGUUACUGACUAUGCUCUUCAGGAGUUUUUCCAGAGACAUUUCCCUAGUUGCAAAGCUGCUAAAGUUGUUUUGGAUGCAGCAGGGAACUCAAGAGGAUAUGGUUUUGUGAGGUUUAGCGAUGAAGUGGAACACAGGAAAGCCAUGAUAGACAUGCAAGGAGCUGUAGGGUGUGGUUCAAAACCUUUGCGAGUCAGUGCUGCAACCCCCAAAAGCAGACCUCAGAGCAACGCAGGUAAUGCAGCCACGUCAUACAGCACCGCUAGUGCUGCAAACCAGCAAUACAUGCAGCAGUACCAGCAAUACCAGCAAUACCUGGCGGCAUGGCAGGGAUACCAACAUCAGCAACAGCAACAACAGCUACAACAGCAGCAGUACUAUCAACACUAUCAACAUUAUCAACCGUACGGACAGACCGCUUACCAGCAACCAACAAGUUACGAAGAAACAGUUACAGUGGAUAACACAGCAGAGGAUCCCAAUCCACCUCUCGAUAUUACAACAGAAAACAAAAACAUUAUUUCAAAUGAAGCAGAACUAUAUUAUGAGCUGGAGCAGUCAAGAUGGCAGCCGGUAGAGACACUCAACUCGGGACCUAAGCCUCUUGUUGCAUAAGUUGCAGUUCACUAGCAUUUUAUUCUUGGAGUCCUCAUUCAUAACCAGUACUUUGAUAUUUUAACUUAUUGUCGAGCAGUUGCGGACCUUUUAACUAAGCCACGCGUCGUGAUACCGUUCCCAGUCAAACAACGUUUUCAUUUGAAUAUUAGCAACCUGUGGUCGACUUAGACAUCGUUAUGCUUUUGUACCAAAGAUGGAACACGUGAAACUUUCAGGGAAGGGGCUCAAUUGGCAUCUACACUUCUACACAUGUACUAACAAGCUGUUAAGAAAACUAAAACUUUUCUUAACAAUCCGUCUUUUGAGCGGGAGGUGAAUUGCACGCCACAAGAGAAACGCCUGUCAAGGAAUUCUUUCUCGUCAGAACUUUGUGGUUGUGUAAAAAAAAACAAAAACGAAAG